AUGCCGACAACUAUUGAAUUGCUCAAGUGGUCAAACCUAAUAUCCUCCAUAAUGUUGAUAUUGAUUGGAGUCACCUAAAUCAUAUCGUUGUCUAUCCUAUUUUCGAGCGUUAGUUUUACUUUCUUCAUGUCAUUUUUCUUGCCAUUUUUCUUAAUAUUAUUUGGAAUUAUGUUGUUUGCAAGUGGUUAAAAGAUGGAAUUUAUGGACAACAAUUUCAGAUUUUUGAGUUCUCUUUUAGGAAGAGGCCUAUUUAAUAUUUAUCUAGCUUCUUUGGCUGUUUAUCAAUUAGCAAAUGCAGCAAGUGACAUCAUUGGAUUCAUUAUUGGAGCAAUGCUAUUUUGCACAGGAGGAUUUUAUUUGAUUUUGCAUUUUUGUGGAAAAUAAGAAGAUUUAACAUCAUACAAGCAGUAAUUAGGUUGAUUCAAAUUCAAUGUUGGUCUUUAUUUAUCCAUAUAAUUAAUUUAUCAAUAAAA